CGCACCUUACGAAAGCGAGUCCGCUAAAGUAGCAUAGCAGCUGUGCUGACAUUGAGAGCGAUAACGGUGGAUAGCCCAGUCUCAUAAUUCCAGCAUGGUAACAGGAAAGCGGCUCGCAGACAUCGGCUAUCGGGCAUUUUCUGCCUCGAUGAUGCUGCUGACGGUGUACGGGGGCUACCUGUGUGCAAUGCGAGGGUACCGCUACAUGGAGAGGCAGAAGCAGCUGAAGCUGGCAGCAGAGAACCAGGAUGCUGAAGUCAUCAAAGACUGACAAAAGCUCUGCUUUUUGCACACAUGUGGACAUUUCUCAUUCCUCCUCGUCUUUAUCCAGCAGCGAAUCGUGAUGUUUAUUCUUCAGAGGACACUUGUGUGAUUCCAGCAAGGGCACGGCGCCCUUAUAAAGACGAGGAUUUGUUUAUAAAGCUCCCAGAAAAUUAACCACGAGCAUAUUUGCAUCACUGGCUUCCGUCAAAUUCAUUCUGAGCUGCACUAUUUCAGGAAUAAGAUGUAAUUGUUUGUGUUAUAUGACAUUAAAUGCAUUCAGCUACA